UUUUUUUUUUAAAAUAUGGAGAUCAUUUAUUCCUCUACUUACAACUUUGUUGCACUACUCAUAUUCUUUCCCUUUUUGUAUACUCUAUUUGUCAAAUUACUUAGAAAAUCAUCAACAAAACAAGAAAAAUUGCCUCCAGGUCCAUGGAGACUUCCCAUUAUUGGUAGUCUUCAUCACUUGAGAGGUGCACUAUUAUUUCCACACCGUAGCCUAAAAAAUCUAGCAACAAAAUAUGGUCCGAUUAUGUACUUACAACUGGGAGAAAUUCCUGCUGUGAUCAUAUCGUCCCCUAUUAUGGUGAAAGAAAUACUAAAAACUCAUGAACUGGCCUUUGCUACUAAGCCACAACUUACAUCCAUAAACAUCACUACUUAUAAUUAUAAGGACAUUGCAUUUGCACCAUACGGUGAUAAAUGGAGACAAAUGCGUAACAUUUGUGUCACGGAGUUAUUAAGUACCAAAAUGGUCAAGUCAUUUAGUUCAAUUCGGAAGGAUGAGAUUAUGAGACUCCUCUCAUCAAUCCGAUCCACUAAUGCUUCUCAUCUUGUCAACUUAACAGAGCUAAUUCUUCGGUAUACAAACUCUGUGACUUGUAGAUCAGCUUUUGGGAAAGUAUGCACGAAUCAAGAUCAAUUGAUAAAUUUGUUGAGGGAUGUGUUGGAUACGUUAGGAGGAUUUGAUGUGGCUGAUUUGUUUCCAUCGUGGAAGUUACUUCACAAGAUGAGUGGGGUGAAAUCGAAACUCUUGAAGAUGCAUAAGAAAGUUGAUGAAGCUUUGGAGAAUAUUGUUAAUGAGCACAUUAAGAAUAGAGCCCUUGGAUACAAGGGAAAUGGUGAUAUAGUAGGUGAAGAUUUGGUUGAUGUUCUUCUAAGAAUAAAGGAGAAUGGUGAACUUCAAUUUCCAAUCACAAGUGAUCACAUAAAAGCAAUCAUUUCUGACAUGUUCGCUGCUGGAACUGAAACUUCAGCUGCGACUAUCAUAUGGGCUUUAUCAGAAAUGAUGAGGAGGCCAAAUAUUAUGGCCAAGGCACAAAAUGAAGUGAGACAAGUCUUCAAAGGAAAUACAACUAUUAAUGAAGACGAUCUUGAUAAAUUGAUAUAUCUAAAGUUAGUGAUCAAAGAAACAUUAAGGCUACAUCCUCCGAGUACUCUACUACCAAGGGAAUGUAGGAAACAAACGUAUAUUAAUGGAUAUACGAUACCUCCAAAGACAAGAGUACUAAUAAAUACAUGGGCCCUUGGAAGAGAUUCAGAAAGUUGGGACGACCCUGAAAGCUUUAUACCAGAGAGAUUUGAAAAUUCUCAUGUUGACUAUAUGGGAAAUUAUUUUGAAUUUAUUCCGUUUGGUUCUGGAAGAAGGAUUUGUCCAGGAAUGCAAUUUGGUUUAACUAAUGUUAAACAUCCUUUGGCUCAGCUCCUCUACCAUUUCGAUUGGGUGCUUCCAUAUGGAGCUAAUCCAGAAGACUUGGAUAUGAUUGAAAAAAAUGGAUUAAGUGCAGCUAAGCAUAAAGAUUUGUGUUUAAUUGCCAUAGAACACAAAGAUGAUGGCAAAGUUUGA